GAACAACAAAUGUAUAGAAAAUGUGAUGAAAUUAACUGACGUUUUGUUGACAACUCUAUUGAAUGUCAAGUGUUGUACUGUUUAUGAAAAAUAACGGAUCAAUCAUUCAAUUGUUUACUAAAAGACUUAAUUUAAAGACAAUAUGGCUGAGCGAAAAGCGACGAAUAAGUAUUACCCGCCGGACUGGACUCCGGCCAAGGGUUCAAUCAAUAAAUUCAGAGGUAGUCAUCCACUUCGGGACAGAGCCCGCAAACUACAUGAAGGCAUACUUAUCAUUAGAUUUGAGAUGCCAUUCAAUAUUUGGUGCAAUGGCUGUAAUAAUCACAUCGGACAGAGUGUCAGAUACAACGCUCAAAAGUCUAAGACAGGGAUGUAUUACACGACUCCUAUCUAUAAGUUCCGUAUGAAAUGUCAUUUAUGCGACAAUCACUUUGAAUUUCAAACGGAUCCCAAAAAUUUGGAUUACGCCAUAUUGAAUGGCGCCCGAAGACAGGAACUUAGAUGGGAUGCCAAAGAUAAUGAACAAAUAGUUGCCGAAGACAAAGAAGUUAUCAAAAAAUUAGCCACAGAUUCAAUGUUUAAGUUAGAGCAUGAAGUAGAAGAUAAACAAAAGGCUAAAGAUGUCGAACCAGCCAUUGAACAGUUGGAAUCGCUUCAGAAACGAUGGAAAGAUGACUAUUCAUUCAACAGAGCCAUUAGAAAGACUUUUCGGACUAAGAAGUAUGAACUCAAAGCAACUAAAUUUGCUGAUCGAUCGUUACUCAAGAGAUCUUCGCUUCCUUUAUCUCUCAAAUUGAUUCCCGAGUCUAAAGAAGACUCAAAGUUAGCAAAACUUAUGAAACUCGAGUCAACGAAAUGUAAGAUAUAG